AUGCAAUCAUCUUCAGGUACGACUGGUGGUGGUUCACAACCGCCGCUGAAUUCGGGCUGGUCUGGUCUUCCAUCGCCAUUAAUCUCGGACCCUGCCCAAGGGCACGCACGCCCUACGGCCGCUAUAUCAAAUGUCACAGUGGGAGGAUCCAGAGCUGGCACAAUGUCUAUGAUUUCGCCAGAUAAUGCUGGAUCGCAGAGCCGGCCUAUUACUGAGCAAGGAUUGGAAGACACAGCGACAACACCGGCAAAGAAGAAAAAGAGAACCCGGAAUCGCAAACGACGCAAUCGUCGACAAUCUUUUCUUGCAUCAGAAAGCCCUGGUCCAAUUGUGACCGAGCUUCCCUCUGAACUAGCACGUACAGAGCCGAGCCAGCUUCAGGAACGUGUUCCAUUCUACCGAGGUCGAAAUUUGAGCAAUUCAAGCUUGGAGAGCGAGGCAUUGUUGGAUCAUCGGGACCAACCGAUGAUGCGUCCGCGUCGAGACAGUCGCCUCAGUCAGCCAUUCCGAUCCGAAUCGUACAAUCGAAUGGGGUCAUAUUUUCCAAAUAUGGAAGGACAAACGCCUGGACGUCUCCGCUCGGGUCCUAAAUAUCAACAACGUCGAGCAGAAAGUGAUAAUAUCGAGGAAGAUGAGCUCGAGGAUAAUACAGGUGUCACCGAUCGUACUCCAUUGAUUGCGCCUUUUCAAAGCACGAGCCCAAUGCGACAAAACUAUGGCACAGAUAUUAGAUCAUCAUCUUUUACAGCGUCAAAGCAGCGAAGAUCGUCGCAUGAUACGGUUUCAUCUCGUCGUGCCUUGUCUUACAAGCAGAGUCCAGGUGCUCAUAGUCCUGGGUACGAUGUUAACAAUCCGCCAUCGGUUCCCGGAAGCCCUAAGUUUGGUAUUGCCGAUAUUGGGUAUGACGAUGCUAUGGUAACAGGCAUGGAAUAUCCGGCGGGCGCACGUUCGCCAAAUGCGCGAAAAGGUUCUGUAGAUCUGCUACGCGAUGCGGUCAUUAGUAUGGAAGGUGGUGCAGAUACAACAGGUUUCCAAGGCUUAAGUCCACCCUCACCCCAUGCCUCAACACCCGAUGCACUUCGUCGCCGGCGUACCAUAACGUUACCUGCGGAGGAGGAUGUUUGCUUUCCGACGGAAUUGGCGGAGGACUUUCGACCUCCGAACGUACCCGAGUCCGAAACUGGAGAAAGAAGACGUCGAAGGAGACGAGAAUGGCCGGAUUUGUCUGUCCUGGAGGAAUGGAGUCAUGAGGAGAAAGAAGAACGCAGCCUCGAAUUUCGAGUCAAGAAAAUCAGCGAACCUGUUCUUAUUGGUGGUCGGUUACGCCCUCAAUACGCAGGGUGGCGACACGAAGAGGAGGAUUCACCUUAUCGCUUCACAUACUUUAAUGAAGAUUUUCAAAGCACAAUUCAUGCACAAACGAUUUCAGAGCUCGUUCAGCCUGGAGAGCUGGAAGAAACGUCAUCAGAUGAUGAGGAUCUAAUUUCUUUGCACGAGCCUCAAACUAAUAUACACCCUAAUAACCACAAUGCUGGAUAUUACCGCCAGACUUCCAAUGCUUGGCCUGAACUUUCAACCAGUCGCGGCUCAGACAAUCAUAUACGAAGUAGUCGCAGGGAAAGCGGGCUUAACUCAAUCCAAGAUAACCACUCCGAAACCAAUACGUCGAAUCUACAAGAUAUUCCGCGACAGCCAAAGCCCAAACGUUACGGUCCCCGACCGACAUGGUGGCUCGAUGUUCUUUGCCCAACUGAUCCGGAAAUGCGUGUUAUUGCGAAAGCAUUUGGCAUCCAUGCAUUGACGGCCGAAGAUAUCAUGAUGCAAGAGGCUCGAGAAAAAGUUGAACUUUUUCGAAAUUAUUACUUUUUGAACUAUCGUACUUUUGAACAAGACCCUAAUAGUGAAAACUAUUUGCAGCCAGUCAACAUGUAUGUUGCUGUCUUUCGAGAAGGCUGUCUCAGUUUUCACUUUUCGCAAACCCCGCACCCAGCAAAUGUUCGUCGGCGGAUUAGACAGCUGCGUGACUAUCUUAUAUUGAGCUCAGAUUGGAUUUCUUAUGCAUUGAUUGACGAUAUUACCGAUGUAUUCGGCCCUCUCAUCCAGUCUAUCGAAAACGAGGUCGAUGAAGUCGACGACACUAUCAUGCAGAUGCAUGCAUUGGAUGAAUCAGAAAAUGGAGAGAACCAACGUAAAAAGGAGGAUGAUACUAGUUCGACCACAUCAAUAGCGCCUGGCGAAAUGCUUCGGCGAGUUGGAGAUUGUCGAAAGAAGGUGAUGGGCAUGUAUCGCCUGCUCAGCAACAAGGCAGAUGUUAUUAAGGGAUUCGCAAAACGCUGCAACGAACAAUGGGAAGUGGCACCCAAGUCGGAAAUUGGCUUGUACCUGGGCGAUAUUCAAGAUCAUAUCAUGACUAUGACAAGCAACUUGACACAUUACGAAACAUUGCUAUCUCGAGCCCAUUCUAACUACCUAGCCCAAAUCAACAUUCUCAUGAACGAACGUCAAGAACGAACGGCCGAUGUCUUAGGAAAACUGACUGUUUUGGGUACCAUUGUACUACCGAUGAAUAUCAUCUGUGGCAUGUGGGGAAUGAACGUCAAGGUGCCUGGUCAAGAAAUUGACAAUCUAUAUUGGUUCUGGUCAAGUUUGUGUUCCUCCUAA